GGGCACCAGGCACUAGGCCGCCUGGCCACGGGGCUGAAACACGUCGCGGGCCUCUCACCGCGUAGCACCGCGCACCGCCUCGUACUCGCUACUCGCGCGGUGCAGCGGCACCAGCAGGACGCACCUCGCACCGUGCCGCACCGGGGCCACCGCGAUCAUCGCCGUGCCAACCGUCGACGCCCUCGACUCGCGACUCGGACAGUUCGACUCGGUGCAGUUCGGCGUUGUGACCCGCGGCCCGGCCAGUGUCGACCGGGCGGCGUGCAGCUCGUCCUGGAGUACCUCGACGACGAGGACCUCGGCGCGUUGCGGCGGAAGGCCACGGAGGGCUCGGCGGAUCGGGCAGGCGCCACUUCAGCCCGCCUAGCCUGCCUCAGCCUGCUGCACGGUCUUCAAGGCCCAUCCGUCGCGGAUAAACACCGCAGGGCCGCGGCCUCGGCCGGUGCGUCGGCCACGAGGUCGGCCAGCAUGGCGCCGCGGGGCGCACGGAUCCAGUGUCGUCCGCGCCGGUCGCCAGCCCCGCGACAACGCAGCCACAGGGCCCAGCGACAACACACCCAGCGCGCCCAGCGCGUCCACCCGGCCGUGGGAGCAGCGCGUCGUCACUGACUCUCCUGACUCUAUCGCCCGCCAUCGGAGUCGCCCCUUUGUGCCGGCCUCCGGGCCUCGUCACCGGCCUCGUCACCUGGCGUGCGUCGGCGAGGCGAUGCGGGCCGUGAUGCUGCACCAAGCGCUGCGCCGCUGCCUGGCCGUGGCCGUCCUGCUGGCCGCGCUGGGCCCCAUCAAGAAGGCCGGCGGCCAGCGCGCCAGCGGCCAGCCCGUGCUGCGCCCUUCAGACGUGGCGGGCAUCACGGUGGAGGGCAUGUUGGAGGAGGGCGGCCGGGUCCGGCGCCAGUACUCGUGCCCGGCGCGCUUCAUCCGCAUGGGCAACUCGUGCUACUUCCUGUCCAAGACCAUGGCGUCCUGGCACGACGCCCACUUCCGGUGCCGCGCCAAGGGGGCGCAACUGGCCGUCUUCGAGAAGCGCUCCGAGAACGCCCACAUGCGGAAGCACCUGAUGCGCGAGGAGAUGGCGCCGCUGGCCCGCUGGAUCGGCGGCAUCUACCAGCAAGAGAAGCGCUUCUGGAUGUGGGGCAGCUCGGGGCUGCCCAUCGGCUACAAGGCCUUCCCGCGGCGCAUGGUCACCCAGGACUGGGCGUGGCACUGCAUCGCCAUGGACCCCACGGCCGCCUUCCACUGGCGGCCCGCCUCCUGCCUGCACGUCAAGCACUACAUCUGCGAGACGCCGCUGCGCAGGACCAGGACGCGCGUCCAGGACGCGGGGACCAAGCAGCACAAGGGUCCCCGUCGGAAGGACGGCGACGUCCUGGUGGACAAGGUCAGCCGUGGCGGCGAUCAGCGACUCCCCGCUGCCCCGCCAAAGUCCGACACCAACAGCACCUCCGCCUCCGCGGCGACGCCAGGGCCAGGGCCAGGGCCAGGGCCCCGGCGACUGGAUGAGCGGCGGCCGAUGGCAGCGAACCGGACCCGGGUCGGUGCCGUCCACCGCUACAACCACGCGUACCGCCCGCGCGCCCCGGGACCUCCCCCAGGACCGCGUCAGCCGGGCGGUCCUCGCUACCGACGGCCGUGGCCGCAGCGCCCGGUCGACCUGGCCGACAUCUACCCGGCGCUCCGGGACCCGCAGGCGGCGAAGAGGGCGAGGGGCGGGCCGCGGCGCCCGCAGCAGAAGAAUAAAAGCUUCUUGUUUUGUAUAAAAUGUUUGACAUUCAUUUCACUGGAAGGGGCCGGCGCGUUUUGA